AUGUGUUCAGCUGAUGCGGUCGCCUUGUACCUGAAUUACCGCAAAAGUCUACUAGAUAAACGCCUGUCAAGGAUAAAUGGAUCCGUCGCUCAAACUUACAGUUACAGUCACAUAUCAAUUGUUGAUACAGGGCCUCCAAAGGUAGACCUAAACACAAGUUCCACCUUCAAGGAUCCUGUUCGUCUAAAGUUAAAGGAUUUAGAACACAUAUUAGACAAAGAUGUCUGCCUAUAUGUAGAUGCGAUUGCCAAGUACUUGAUAAACUGCUCGCUCCAUUCUGGCUUCGUGUUAGUCAGUAAGAAGCGCAAUGUGCAGAUCUAUAAGAACAUAUUCGGACAUCUUAAGGGGAAGGAGUUUAAUCGGAGGUUAAAGUUUGGCUACUCUCUCAAAUUCUCCCGGAAAACAUGGGCAUGGAGAGUGAGGAAGGUUGUAUUCUCAAAGUCUAGAACAUCUGUAAAAAGGUACAUUUACAAACUCAUAAACUGUUUUUUGUAUAUUAAGGAAUGUAUUUGGGGCGUAAAGUUUAAUCAAAGAUGCCUCAAAUACCUCUUAAAUCAAAUACCAAGAUGCAAAAAUACACACGGCUCCUGGGAAAACGUAAGGAUUUUUAAAUGCAGUAAAGAAAUUUAUACACUCUUAUCAAGCUCUUAUUUGGUAUCAAAUGUAUUAUUUGCGGAUAAUGAUCUUUUCCGCAAUGUUAUGGCCUCUGAGAUCCAUCUAUGGCGUUCAUUUGAUCCAGAGUAUGUAAAGGAAAUAGCAACAUCACUAUUGCUUCUAAAUAUUUUGGAUGUGAACAAAAAUGGUAAAUCCAGGAUCGAUGAGUUUAAAACGAUGCUUAAUAGGAGCUUUAAUGAGUGUCUAUAUCGCAAUGUUAUUGCCGGAAACACCGGAUGUGUAAAGUAUGUAAGGCAAUUUUAUGCAGUUAUGAAUAUGGAUGUGCCACUAAACCCAGAAUAUCAUUUAUAUCGGUGUUUUCCGUACAACCUAACAUUAGAAAAUUUACCACUUGAAGAAAGGAUUCAAGACGUAAUAUUUAUUGCAAAAUCUCUUCUCCACAAAAAGACGAAAAGUAAUGUUUGGAGAGUUGUUCAGAUGCUGUCUCGCUACUUUUCACAAGGCUCCCUAAAGUUUGGCUACUUGGAAUGUUGCUAUCCAUACACUUGUGUAAAAUGUACCGGUAUUUUUACGUCAAUUUACUGCGGGCUCUUUGACCUUUUAGUAUUGCUGAGAAGCAUUGAAUUUUAUUCUAGCCAUUUACUUCUUGCCAGGAUGCUGAUAAAGUACGAAAUACAAAGGAUAAGGGCCGGAUUUUGGAGGGAUGAGGCAUGUCUCAACAAGCCUAACGAGUUACCUAAAUCAAGGUUUGAACCGUUUAUAAACAAAAGCCACAUAGAUUAUGGAUGGAAACUACAAGAAGUAAUUCGUGAAAAAUGUCUACUUAAAUGCCUAAGCCACAAGGAUAGUGUUGCAAUAAGACAACGGAGCAUAACACAUUAUAAAAAAUGCCCGGUGUAUCUACGAUUGCUAUCAGCCAUCUAUCAUCAUAUUAGUAUGGUAGAUGUUACUUAUGCAAUUGAAAAGCUUGUAGAUUCUAGUGGACCAGUUAUAUUAGAGCAUCUGGGAGAUCACUCAUACCGUACUAGGGAUAAUCUAGGAAUUUUCACAAAUGAUUUGAAUAUAAAGGGUCCAGUGGCUUUAAUAGCAAAUAUUUACAUGGGUAAAAUGAAUCUUUCCAGAUCCCUUUCUUCUCUCAUUAUUAAAGGUGAAUUAAAUAUAAUAGAAAGAACACAAGCUUGUCUUUCAUUAUCCAGAAAUUUAAAUUUGGUAGAUUUCACACUUCCCCAAAUAGUUCAAUCUGUAGCUAUAGACCCAGGAAACAGGGUGUUAAAUUUGCUAAAUACGGCCCUGACGAACGAAAACGUGAGCGAUAUGAUUUACUAUUAUCUGGCAUGUCUGGUUCACUCCACAAAUCCAUACGUAACGAAAAAGGCUGCCACUAUAUUGGUACGUUACAUCUGUAUGAAGAUUAUUAAUAAACAGAGUUAUAUAUUUAACAAACUUCCAAAGGAUUCCAAGGUUAUUCAUAGGGAACAAAUUUUAUUCCAUGGAAAAUUGCUCAGCUUAAGUCGUGCGCUCUGUGAUGUUCCAGUCAAAAAGAGGUCGGAGGAGUUGUCCAAACAUAUUAAAAUUUUAUCUGAUUAUAUAAAGAAUGGAUUAGACUUGCACCUCUUUAAAGACUCGUACAAAUCAGAUGUAACUGAUCGCUCAGUAGCUGGUAUAAAUGAGGAUUCUGUAAAACUCCUAAAGUCAGCUACACGUUCUCCAUUUGUCUUAUCUUUCAAAACAAAAACUGGAAAGGAAAUUAGCUACAUUUACAAAAUGAGGGAUGAUUUAAGACAAGACAAUUUGGUGGUUCAACUCAAGUCAUUCAUGCUAAAGGUGUUUGCAGAGCAUAAUCUAGACAUUUUCUUGCAACCGUUUCUCAUACUACCAUACUCUAGCGUUUUGCACCAAAUGUUUUCAAAUCCUUUGGAAAAUGAAAACAUUUCUCCGGAGUUAUCAAAGAAUUUACCGUUGGAGGUUGGCGGCAUUGUUGGAUUAAUACCAGGCACUGUUAGUAGACAUCAAAUUGGGAAGGACAAUUUCACCUCCCUUGUGCACUUUUUUGUACAUACGUUUGGAGACCGAAACUCACCAAAGUUCUCAAGGGCCAUUGAAAAUUUUAUCAAAUCCCUAGCAGGGUAUUCACUAUUGUGCUUCCUUCUUCAGGUCAAAGAUAGACACAAUGGAAACUUGCUACUCUCGGACAAGGGGCACAUAAUCCACAUUGACUUUGGAUUCAUAUUAGGAACAUCUCCAGCAGCCGAUGUAGCAUUUGAACAAGCUCCAUUUAAGCUUACCAAAGAAAUGAUCGAUUUACUUGGAGGCACAAAUUCCAGGAAUUUCAAGAUAUUUGCUAAUCUCUUGGUUAAUGGAUAUCUGGCAAUUAGAGCACAUGCAAAUGUACUCCUCACACUCGUCGAACUAAUGCAGCAUUCUACGAUCGCCUGCUUCAGGAACACAACCCUCAUUAAACUCAAGAAGAGGUUAAAGCUCCAAAGCACACCUCAGGAAGCCAAAGACUUUAUCAUUCGAAAAAUAUAUGCAGCGCUACAUAGCAAAACCACAAUUUUAUACGAUGUAGUUCAAGGCUAUCAACAAGGAAUUAAACGUUGA